AUAUAUAUGCAUCAUAAUGUUAUAUCUUGUUUCUGGCCUUAAUUUGUGCUGAGCAACUGGCCAGAUGUUGGACACGGAGCUGCUGUCGCUGACCUCGGUGCUGAACACGACGUCAGAUGAACCUGCGCGCUCCACAGGAGACACGAUACAGUCUCACUCCCUCUUUGAUUUAUUGAAGCUACUCCAAACACCCACUUCUGCUUUUUAAACUUUGAGAUCUUUUAUUUUCCCGUUCAUUCACUCUCUCUCUCUCUCUCUCUCUCUCUUUUUUUUUAUUCCGGACAAAUCCAUAACAGAUCCACGACGCUGGCUAACAAUUUCACUCCUUUUCGUUUUCCGUCGUGAUGGCACUUGGCGCGACUACUGUACGCCAGGCAGGAGGCGGUGUGGUGGUGGAUGAAGGCGCACAGGUCGUUUGAUUCGUCCUCUUUACUCGCUUUAGCGCUUUCAUUGUGAAAAUUAGACUCGUCUUUUGGAUAGUCGCCUCCCUGGACUCAGAUUUAUCACAACUUGGUUUGUUGUUUUCCUUGUAGCCGCAGCAGUCGGCCAUCCUGCGCCGUAACAUGACGAUUAAGCAGUAAAAUAAUAGUGAGAAAUAGGCCUAUACAUAGAAACUGGAUAUGGAGUCAGUAAAGACGAGAGCAGCGGCGGGGGUGAAGGAAUUUGCGGGGAAGACACUGGGUCAUAUGUACAGGGUGAUAGAGAGGAAACAGAAAACCGGGGAGGUGAUCGAGCUGACAGAGGAUGGGCGGCCCCGGGAGGCCGUGGAGAAGAAACCCCCGCUAUGCGACUGCAGCUGCUUCGGUCUGCCCCGCCGCUACAUCAUCGCCAUCAUGAGCGGCCUGGGCUUCUGCAUCUCCUUCGGUAUCCGGUGUAACCUGGGCGUGGCCAUAGUGGGCAUGGUCAACAACAGCACCAUCCACGAGAACGGCAAGAUCAUCGUCACAGAGAAAGCCAAGUUCAACUGGGAUCCAGAGACGGUGGGACUGAUUCACGGAUCAUUUUUCUGGGGCUACAUCGUUACACAAAUCCCUGGAGGAUACAUAUGCUCCAGGCUGGCAGCAAACAGGGUAUUUGGUGCAGCCAUUGUGCUAACCUCGAUCUUCAACAUGUUCAUUCCCUCGGCUGCCCGAGUCCACUAUGGGUGUGUCAUCUUUGUCAGGAUAUUACAAGGGCUGGUGGAGGGAGUGACCUACCCGGCAUGUCAUGGCAUCUGGAGUAAGUGGGCUCCUCCGCUGGAGAGGAGUCGACUGGCCACCCUCUCAUUCUGUGGCUCUUAUGCUGGUGCUGUGAUAGCGAUGCCUCUGGCUGGGAUCCUGGUUCAGUAUUCAGGCUGGUCCUCUGUGUUCUAUGUCUAUGGAUGCUUCGGCAUCUUUUGGUAUGUGUUCUGGGUCCUUGUGUCUUAUGAGAGCCCUGCUGAACAUCCUACCAUCACUCAUGAGGAACGCUGCUACAUAGAGGAGAGCAUUGGAGAGAGCAUCAACCUAUCGGGUGCUGCCGAGAAAUUCAAGACCCCCUGGAAGAAGUUCUUCACCUCUAUGCCCGUCUAUGCAAUCAUUGUGGCCAACUUCUGCAGGAGCUGGACGUUUUACCUGCUGCUGAUCAGCCAGCCUGCAUACUUUGAGGAAGUCUUUGGCUUUGAGAUAAGCAAGGUCGGCAUGCUGUCCGCGCUGCCACAUUUGGUGAUGACCAUCAUCGUGCCCAUCGGCGGCCAGCUGGCUGACUACCUACGCAGCAGGAACAUCCUAACGACUACCACUGUCAGGAAAAUCAUGAACUGUGGAGGAUUUGGCAUGGAGGCCACAUUGCUGCUGGUGGUGGGAUUUUCCCACAGCAAAGGGAUGGCCAUCUCCUUCCUGGUACUGGCAGUGGGCUUCAGUGGAUUUGCUAUAUCGGGCUUUAAUGUCAAUCACCUGGACAUCGCACCGCGCUACGCCAGUAUCCUAAUGGGAAUCUCUAAUGGUGUGGGUACCCUGUCUGGGAUGGUGUGCCCAAUAAUUGUUGGUACUAUGACAAAGAACAAGACUCGAGAGGAGUGGCAGUCUGUGUUCCUGAUCGCCUCCAUGGUGCACUAUGGGGGUGUGAUCUUCUACGGGAUAUUUGCGUCGGGAGAAAAACAGCCGUGGGCCGACCCAGAACUGACCAGCGAGGAGAAGUGUGGCUUCAUAGACGAGGAUGAGCUGGCAGAAGAGACAGGCGACAUCACUCAAAGUUACGGGGCCUUUGGAGGUCCGGCUAAAUCGUACGGUGCAACCACGCAGGUGAACGGAGGCUGGGCCUCAGGCUGGGAGAAGACAGAGGAGUACGUCCAGGAAGAAGCGCAGGCGGGAGGCUACGGAUACAGGAAGGAUGAGGGAUACUCCUAGACCCAAACACACAUUCACCGACACAUGAGUAGACUUACUUUCCUGAGUGUGCAUCAAUUUAGUCAAAAAAGAUAUCAACAGAUGAGUAACAAGAAAAACUACAAUCCGUUGUUGUAUCGAUCGCACACAUUCAAAAAUCCCAAAGAAAUUCAAAAAAAGUAUCAACUUAAUUUAAAAAUUGCUAAAGUGUGUACAAAAUUCAAAGAUAUUGGAUCAAUAGAGGUGUAUCACAUAUCAAAUUGGUCUGUAAAUGUAUUAUUAUGCAUAUUGAUAAUAGAUAUAUUCAUUCGGAGUGCAAUUGUGUGUAAAUGUGAACAUUUUUAUCCCAUCAGCCGAGGCCUCCUGACCACACUGACGCCAGUAGGGUUACAUAGGAGCUGCCCAUCAGAGUGCCGACUCCUUAUUUAUUAACUUAACUGUGACAGUACAACGUCCUACAAGCCAGCCAUUACAGUGUAUAGAUAUGUCACUCCACAGCGUGGUGAACAGAAACUAGACCCUCUGUUGAUAUAGAUUGUAUUGUAUCUCUCCGCACUCAGAGUAGUGUGUCUUUUUUGGGCACUAUAUGAUGAAUUUUGUUUUCUUAUCACCGGCUUCUGUGUGAGUAAAAGUCCUUAACAUGUAAGUGAGCUUGUGUAGAGAUUUGAGUGGCAUAAUAAUGGCAUAAUAAUGACUUGUGAUGACUUGUGAUGACUGUUUGGUUACACUUUCAUAUAAGGUUAAAAAAAAAAACCCGUCUGUCUAAUGUUAGCUACAUGUGAUGACUCGGUAUCUCUGCAGAUGAGCAUUUUGAUUUUACCAAUUUUAAUCCGUCACAUCUCAGCAGUAUAGUGCAGGAGUAAAGCCAUUGUCAUAUACUUACCAUAACUGUCAAAAGUCUAGUUGCACCGGUGCAUUGUUGAAAGAUUUGUCUUAACUAAAACAUAUAUAACAGAGAUAACUACAGAAUAAAUAUGUAUGCAAGUUAAUAGAUUAAAUUUAUAGAUGAACAGUCAUAUGCAACCGUAUGAAGGGUUUGUGCAAUGCAAAGAGUUUAGGAAAGUACAGAUUAAUCAAAAUCAGUAUGAGAGUCUUACUUAACCUAAUAAUGUUUAAUGAGAAGAAGACAAAAAUUAAUAAUUCAAAUUAUAUGGAAUAUAUGUAUAUGAUCAAAUGGAUAAAAGAGUAAUUUUAAUGUUAAAAUCAAGAAUGUAUCCAUGCCAUCAAAUAUUAUGACGAAAAAAGCAACAAUCAAAAUGAAUCUAUGAUGUGAAAUAAUCAAAACUGUCCUAACUUCAGUAGAAAGUUGAGUGUUUAUGUAGGAUCACAUCCUUUAAAGUGAGUAGAAAAUAUGUUUUCAUUUCACUUUAAAGCUAAAGGGAGACGAGUUUGAAAUGUCAAAUGACAUCAUAGAAGUAAACAUUCCUAAACAAGUAUUUUAAUGUUUACAUAAAUCUAUACUUUGCAUAAACUUCACCAAAACAGGAGAUUUCUAUAACAGAGUAGGUGUGAGAUGAUUAAUGUAAUAAUGAUGUGUCUUAUGGGAGUCUGGUAAUGAAAAGUGUUUUAGGCUCCUGAAGAGCAAAACACACUCCAGAAUGUGUUUUGUCCUCAUUCUGCACUUACACUGAAAAAGUCUGAUGGGGGAAACGUUUGUUUCAUUUGUCUGUGGAGACCCUAAGUCAGCACUUCACAAUAUAGAUGUGUGUGGAUGUGUAUUUAUGCAUGGAACAAAGUGCAAUUUGUGGUGUGUCCUUUUUUAUGUUUCCUUUUCUUUCAAACUUAUUUGUAUUUGUCUCAGAAACUGUUACUGAUGCUUCAAUUUCUUUGCACAAUCAACCAAAGGUGACGAGCAGAGCUGGCUUUUAGCAGGAAGUCAAAUGUUUUUUAAGGGAGUACAGACCACCAGAAGCGAGGUUCCAGUGUUUGGAGCCACAGCGUGCAGGUGGCACCAAAACAUUACUCAGUGUACAAAGCAAUAAAUCCAUAGUAACAGUUCUGGUCAAAACGUCAUGAACAGUCAUUAUGUAACCGUUUUUUAUGCAUUUGUUUAAGAGUCGUGUUUUCUUGUGAUAACAAAUAUAGAAAAUAAAUAAAUAAACAGAAAAAAACAUAGAAAUAUAUGUAUAAAAAAUAUAGGAAUAGAGUCCGGCACAAACGUCUUUGACAACAAGGAAGAGUUUGUGACAGGGCUGCUCACCAGAUGAGAAUGAUAAAAAGAGCUCCGUCUGAGAGGCGGACGCUCUUCUUCUUCAUGUUUCUGUUUUUGUUUUGGUGUGUGCUGUGGUCCCCCCCCCACCCCUCUCUCUCCUCACUUUUUAGUUUGAUUAAUGUUCUUCAUUCAGUGGCUGGACCCUUGUUGCCCUACUUAACCAUGUGCACCUCCUCUCUCCAGCUGUUCAACCCUGAUUUCAUUGUCACAAAAUGCAUCGACAUUAAGGAUGAAAUCUAAACAGGUGAUUGUACAUUUUCAAAAAUGACAAAUGUGCAACCUGAAGUAGUUAAAAGUUUUUACUUUUCUGUGCCUCUGAAGUUACAGUGUGAUUCUAUGCCUUCUGUUGCUGUGUAAAUUGAGAGGUUUGUUGGUGUCGAACUGAAAUACUCUAUAUCAUUUUUAAUAAAAAUU